GCAGCAAGCAUUACUCAAACUUUUUGUGCUGGAGAUUUCUUGUAAAUUGAUAAUGACUUCUUGAAUAUUUUAUGUUUUUUAGUUGUGUUUACUUCACUUAACAAUAAUAUCAAGCUUUUUUUGUUUUCAACAAAAGGACAAGUUUCAGGACCAUUUAAAUUUUUCUUUUUCUUCUCCCCUUUUUUUUUGUGUGUGUGAUGUUUGAUAUGCAAGUUGGAGGACAGCAUAUAUCUGUUAAAUGUUUGGCCAAUAGUUUUUCUGUCCUUUCCAUUUGUUGUUACUAAGAAUCUUCUUUGUGUUAGAAGUCUGACCAAGUUGACAACCUGUUUACUAGCCCCUUAAAUACAUAUUAAACUCACUAACAUUUGCAAACAGUUUAAGCCUUUGUGCUACUGUUGGCAUUCCUUGCAACAAAUCUUGAUACCAUUUACUCUUUUGUUUUUCUGUUUUCUUGAUUGUGUUAUGCAAAUGAAAACAAGAAGGGGAAAGAGAUCUCAGGCCUUUUGGCCAUCCAUUGUGAUGAAGAAGUGGCUGAAUAUUGCACCUAAAGUGUAUGAUUUUAGUGAAGAUGAAGUUGACACCGAAACGGAGAGUGAGGAUGAUGCUUGCUCACUCAAAGAUGAAAGAAUGGUUGAAGAUCAUGAACAUGGAAAACCAGGGAAGCUUAAUGAAUGCCAGACUCAAACUACAGGGAAACCUUCCGCUGAGUAUAACCCGAGACACAGGAGAGGGAAAUCAGAAACUUUGAGAGCUCAGUAUAUUAACACGAAAGAAGUGAGAGUUACCGUUGGCACUUGGAAUGUGGCGGGAAGACUUCCAGAUGAGGAUCUAGAUAUUGAUGAGUGGCUUUGUAUGCAAGAACCAGCAGAUAUCUAUAUCCUUGGAUUCCAAGAGGUGGUCCCUUUGAAUGCUGGAAAUGUACUGGGAGCAGAAAAUAGAAGGCCAGUUCCGAAAUGGGAGGCGAUCAUCCGAAGAACGUUAAACAGGACGGAGGAACCUGAGACUAAGCUCAAGAGUUAUAGUGCUCCGCCCUCUCCAGUCUUAAGGACUUCUUCUGCUGCUGACAUAAUUGCGGAUGUGGUUGAUGCUCCUGCACUGGAUAUAAUCGAAGAGGCAUCACUCGACGCACCUUUGGUUUUCGAGAAUAAUACUAUCGACCUAGGAAAGAAUCUCCAUUUAAAGAGGAUAUACGGAAUUGAUUGUGACAGUAGAUUGGAUUGGCCUGAACGUCCCCUGGAUGCGACGCCUCAAGUUCUUUCUUCUAAUUUCAAGUUGAGGAGAGUCUUCAGUAGUACCGCGAGAGUUGGUUUUGGUAGCAUAGAAAAUCCUCUUCUUUUUGAAGGUAGAGGGUUAAAAAGGGUGCACCAAAGCUCAGGAAACUUAGGAUUGAUGUGGAUGGAUCAAAAAGAAGAACCUGUAGUUCUUGAUGCGCUUUCUGAUGGCUCUGAUCAAUUUUGUGAUGAGGAAAAUGACUUGUUUGAAGAAUUUCCAGAGGUAAAGGAAGGAAGUUCACUUCUAAAUCACCCUGUGAAGUCUCGUCCAAUGUAUGUGCGUAUUGUUAGCAAGCAGAUGGUUGGUAUAUACGUAUCAGUCUGGGUACGUCGAAGAUUGAGGAGGCAUAUAAACAACUUGCAAGUCUCAGCAGUUGGAAUUGGACUUAUGGGGUACAUGGGCAAUAAGGGAUCUGUUUCUGUGAGCAUGUCUCUUUACCAGUCGCGGCUAUGCUUUGUUUGUUCUCAUUUGUCAUCCGGACAAAAGGAUGGAGCUGAGCAAAGGCGUAACUCUGAUGUCAAUGAAAUCAUUAGGCGUACUCAUUUCUCAUCCCUAUUUGAUACAGAUACAGAUGAACCACAAACAAUUCCAUCUCAUGAUCAGAUAUUCUGGUUUGGAGAUUUAAAUUAUCGAAUCAGUAUGGCGGAUGCUGAGGUACGGAAGCUUGUCGCAAAUAAGCAAUGGGAUGAACUUCUCAACAGUGAUCAGCUACACAAAGAACUCCGAAAUGGGCAUGUCUUUGCUGGUUGGAAGGAGGGGUUGGUUAACUUUGCACCAACUUACAAGUAUGAAUUCAACAGUGAUAGAUACAACGGAGAAAUUCAUAAAGAAGGGGAAAAGAAGAGAUCACCAGCAUGGUGUGAUCGUAUACUUUGGUUUGGAAAAGGUAUAAAACAGCUCUUUUACAAGCGCGCAGAAUUAAGAAUAUCAGAUCAUCGGCCUGUAAGCUCAAUGUUUUCAGUAGAAGUGGAAAUAUUUGACCACAGAAAGCUACAGAGAGUUCUCAAUGUUAAACGUUCAGCAAUUCAUCCUGAGAUUCUGCUAGAAAUUGGAGAGUAAAAUUUGACAGUAGAUGAUUAUUUCGUUGGUGAAACUACUUGAAUACCACUCGGGAGGAGAAGAGCUUCAAGUUCUUGCAUCAUGCUAAUGAAACACUGAUAAGUCACUAGACCAUAACUGUUUCAUGUCAGAAGGAUGAACAUCAUAUACUCAAGCGACGAAAAGCUGGCUACAAGAAAAUGUGUAUAUUAAUGUUGUUUAAAUCUUAAAUAGUCAUUGGAAAAAACAAAAUAUUAGUGAUUUUUCCCUUGUAUUUGGUUUUGGUCUGGGACAUCCUAUGUGUUUUGCAUAGGCUUGUUUCCCAUAGUGUGAAUUUAGUUCAUUCAAAGGUUUUCCUCAAUAUUUUUUUCUUAUUUUCUUUGUUUGUUUACAUUUCCCAUUGAAAAGAAGGGAAUACCUGUAUAGUUUAGUAAAUUUAGUGUAGGUAUCCAUUCAAAGUUCCUAUCUAGCUAGACGAGGAUUUAUGCUUGUAACUGAUUAACUGAACAGAUCAAUAUUUAUUGCAUAAAAUUACUGAUUACAUUCCCUUCA